AUGCAUGAACUUAUAUUGCAUUCAUUUUCUUUUUGUCUCGAAUACGAUCAUGCAAUUGUGAUGAGCGUACAUUUAACUCUCGGUGAUCGCUGGCCAAUUGCUUCAUUAAGUCGAGAUCAAGGAUUAAGUGCCAGUGAAAUAGCUCACGUUAUUCAUUGUACGAGUCGUACUGUCUACAAUAUUUUACGAUUAUUUCUGGAUACCAACGAUGUAAUUGAACGAAAUGGACGAGACCGUCGUGACAUGCUGAAUACCGACGAAACCAUUGCAUUAAGACGAUUAUUCUAUCGAUAUCGCGACGAAACUUCAAUGAGUAUUACUACUCGAUUUUUUCACCGAGUUGGUUGUUCUAUUACCUCUUGGACUGUUCGAAAUUAUCGUUGGCAAUGGAGUUUUCAUCGAGUGCAUGCACGAAGCCAACCGCUGAUUAGUGAAAGACAUGCUCAACAGCAAUUACAUCUUUGUGGACAAUAUGCAAGAAAUAGUUGGCGUAAGGUGAUAUUUAGCGACAAAAAGCCAUUAGAACUUGAUGCUUCCGGCAUAGUUUACUGGAUUCCAAGCAAUCGCCCAAGACCCACACUUUUACAAAGUCAAGCUCAAUUUCGUGUUGUGAUAUUCGAUGCAGUAUGGUACAAUGAUCGAUCAAAAUUAGUUUUUGUUCACGGUCGAACUAAUACAUUCACAUAUGCCCGACAUCUAUAG